GCAAGCUCCUCUCCUUUCUCUGCUAAGGCACCACCAUUUCUGCAGCACCCUCCCUCCUCCUUCCUCCUUCGAAGCAGAGCAGAUAGGAGAGGAGAGAAUAGAAGACCAUGGUGCUCUUGCUGGUGCUUGGUCUUCUCCUUGGCGUGGUGGUGGCGAGCAGCCUGCUGCUGCGGUGGAACGAGGUGAGGUACAGCAGCAGGCGGGGCCUGCCGCCGGGCACAAUGGGGUGGCCGCUCUUCGGCGAGACCACCGAGUUCCUCAAGCAGGGGCCCAGCUUCAUGAAGGCCAGGAGGCUCAGGUACGGGAACCUGUUCCGGACGCACAUCCUGGGCUGCCCCACGGUGGUGUGCAUGGACCCGGAGCUGAACCGCCGGAUGCUCGCCAGCGAGGGCGCCGGCUUCGUCCCUGGAUACCCGCAAUCGAUGCUGGACAUCCUGGGCCCCAACAACAUCGCCGCUGUGCACGGCCCGCUCCACCGCGCCAUGCGCGGCGCCAUGCUCUCGCUCAUCCGCCCGACCAUGAUCCGCGCCACUCUCCUCGACAAGAUCGACGCCUUCAUGCGCUCCCACCUCGACGGCUGGGCCGGCCGCCGCGUCGACAUCCAGGAGAAGACCAAGGAGAUGGCAUUGCUCUCUGCACUCAGGCAGAUUGCUGGCAUCUCUGCUGGCCCACUCUCUGACGCCCUCAAGACAGAGCUGUACACCCUUGUACUUGGCACCUUCUCCCUGCCAAUCAACAUCCCAGGAACCAAUUACCAAAAAGGUCUCCAGGCAAGGAAGAAGCUUGUGGCCAUGCUACAACAGAUGAUAACGGGUCGGAGGUCUUCCGGUUGUGCCCGCGAUGACAUUCUGGACGCCCUCUUAAGCGGCAAUGAGGGCACCAGGACAAAGCUCAGUGAUGAGCAGGUCAUUGACCUGCUCAUCACCCUCAUAUACUCUGGAUAUGAAACCGUGUCGACGACCUCGAUGAUGGCGGUGAAGUACCUGUCAGACAAUCCGAAAGCUCUUGAACAAAUCAGGAAAGAACAUUUUGACAUCAGGAAGGGGAAAUCACCAGAGGAUGCCCUUGACUGGAACGAUUAUAAAUCGAUGACCUUCACCCGAGCUGUCAUCUAUGAGACUCUAAGAUUAGCUACAGUUGUCAAUGGGCUGCUGAGGAAACCUACCCAGGAUGUAGAAAUGAAUGGGUAUGUUAUUCCAAAAGGUUGGAGGAUUUAUGUCUACACAAGGGAGAUAAAUUAUGAUCCAUUCCUGUAUCCGGAACCUAUGGUUUUCAAUCCAUGGAGAUGGCUGGAGAAGAACCUGGAAUCACAUCCACACUUCAUGUUAUUUGGAGGAGGUGCCCGUAUGUGCCCAGGGAAGGAAGUAGGAACAGUUGAGAUUGCAACUUUCCUUCACUAUUUCGUGACGCGAUACAGAUGGGAGGAAGAAGGAAACAACAAAAUAUCAAAGUUCCCCAGAGUGGCGGCUCCCAACGGGCUACAUAUCCGAGUUCAAGAUUACUGAUCUUGCAACAUUUUGCCCCGAAGUUUAGAUAGGAUUCAGACUCGGAUAGAGUAACUCUGCAAUGCUGAUGCUGCUGGCCAUAUCAAAGGAUUAUAACAACCAUUUGGCGCUUGUAAAAUGUAUCCGUGCCAACAGGAGUGUUAUAGGGAUGAUAUAGUUAUCAUAGGUUUACUAGGAAAUUGAUGUCCAAAGCCACCAGAUGCUCCUGUAUUGUUUUGGUUGAUCAGUUUUAAAAAUGAAACAGAAGUUCAUUUGGCUUC